UACUUCCUUUUUGGAAAUGUAAACAAACAAAUAGCAAACUUCUGAAAACACGUGAACUAAUCAACAAUACAGUUCAAUGCCGGUGUUGCUUAGUAGUUUGCUUAAGUUUAGUAAAAAUAGUCGAGUAACAAGUUGUUACAAAUUGUGGCAUACGUUGUCCGCUGUAUCCAAAGCAAAUAGGAGCACCAUGUCCGAAACUUCAGUUCAAAAUUUAGUGUGGAUAGACUUGGAAAUGACGGGGCUGGAUGUGGAAAAGGAUCGAAUUUUAGAGAUCGCUUGCAUUGUAACCGACAGCAAAUUAAACAUUAUUGCAAAAGGACCAAACAUAAUCAUAAAUGAGCCUGAUGUUGUUCUGGCAGGAAUGAACAGCUGGUGCAAGGAUCAUCAUUCAAAAUCGGGAUUGAUAGAAGCUGUGAAGAAAUCUACCUACAGUGUAGACCAGGCGGAAAGGGAUGUAUUGGAUUUUGUUAAAAAAUACUGUCCUGAGCGAAAGUGCCCGAUGGCAGGAAAUAGCAUUUAUAUGGACCGCCUGUUCAUUAUGAAAUAUAUGCCGACAUUGAAUGAAUAUCUUCAUUAUCGUGUGAUAGAUGUAAGCACGGUGAAGGAAUUAUGCAAACGAUGGAAUCAAAACGUCUAUAACUCUUCGCCACCGAAAAAGCUUGCCCAUCGUGCUUUGGAUGACAUCGAAGAAAGCAUUAACGAGAUGAAAUAUUACAAGAGCAUGUUUUUCAACUCAGUUGAAACUAAAAUUGAUCGCGACUAGGAACCAGAGAUUUGUAAAUACAUAUAUCGCUCUAAAACUUUCAGUUAAUUGUGUGGUACUAGAAAA